AUGCCCAGUCAGGCCAGUCUUUCCAUUGAACUAUUAGCUGGACGAGCAGAGGCGGAACCUCCAACUAAGGCCAUGUCGAAUUACCAUUCGAAUGAUGUGUAUUCGGUGCCAGCAACGGCUCAAGUCCCCUCGGGCCUAGAGGUGGUCUCCCACGAGGACUAUUCUGGGUUGCAGGCCGUGAACCCUGGACAACAAGACGCAUCGCAGUUUACUUCAACAUACCGGCACCCGUCUACGUCGCCGAGUAGCACGGCGUAUGAUGAGCUAAAGGCGCCGGGACUGCAGGCAAGCCUUCCGGGUUCAAAUCAACAAGGGACGUGGCACUCGCAAGACCAAUACGAUAUCGCGCCCGAGAAAGCCACCUACAGUGAACACCACACUGCGUCCGAAUCGGUAUGGGGGUCUCAAACUGCAUACGACACUGCGCCCGAGACGCACUAUGCGCCGACAAAUGCAAUGUCACAAUAUGUGGCCACCGCCGCAGCAGGGGCUCAGGAUGCAGAGCGUGCGAGGAGGAGAAAAAGGAGAAUUUUCUGCAUAGGAACCACGAUCUUCGUCGUCAUUGUUCUUGGGGCCGUGCUCGGCGGUGUCCUCGGCAGCAGAUCCGCACGCAAUUCCACCAGUCCUUCGUCGAAUUCCACGACGAGUGGCGCCUCUCCGACAGCUAGCGGCUCUGGGAGCACGAACACAGCUGCGGCCUCGCCAACAUCGAUAAAGAGCAAUUCAAGGAUGACGGUGUCCGGUUACAGAAACAGCAGAAUGACAAACUUCACCCAGCGGUUGUUCUUCCAGGGGCAAGACAAUGUCCUGCGCUAUGUCGAUAAAACCAGUGGGGGCUCCGGUUGGUCCGAACCUGUAGUACUGGAUACUCUAGCAUAUGAGCCGAUGACAGACGGUCCGUUGGCGUCUAUUGCUAUGAUAUCUGGCGGAGUUGACAAUCCGUUCUUUUCGGUUUUCUAUCUCGACAAGGACUCCUACAUUCGUCAGUGGUUCUUUGACCCAGAUGAAGGAUCAUUGAAAGGGAUAACGGGCGACAUGAAUGGCCAACCUCCGAUAAAGGCCCAGAAAAUAGCUGCCCACGAUCCCUGGAUCAUAACCCAAGACCUUGACGAUGGCCUCAGGGUUAUUUACCACAGUGGCUCUUCCCCACCUUUCAACAAUUACACAGUCAAUAUCACGGCUACCCCCGGUACAGGUCUUGUCUCACUCGACUCUCGCCAGCAACAGGCUGGCGGUGGAGGUUUCAUCUAUCGAGGGACUGACGGGAAGAUGGCUACCUGGUUGGACCCCAAGAUAUAUGCCGAAAACGUAACGGCAUCGUGGCUCGAUGCAACGUUAUCAUACGAAAUUCCAGAAAAAUCCCCGAUCGGAGCAUUCACUGUGACGAGGCCAUACAACGCUGAGGACAAAGUCAACACCUAUGUGUUAUACCAGGAUGAUCACGGCGUGAUCCAGGUCGUAUGGCAGGACAGUAAAGCGGCAUCCUGGAACGGGCCGCAAACGUUUGAUGCGCUUUCCAACGCAGCUGCCGGCACGGAUAUUACUUGUCUCUCGCAGAUAGCCUGGAGUGCGCAAAGCGUCUCGCUCUCGAGUCAGCAGGAUAUGAACUUGUGCUACUUCCAAGAGAAGGACACGAAUAGAGUGAAGGAGGUGUGGUAUAACGGAAAGGAAUGGAUCAAUAAUGGAUAUGUAUCACUCCCGUAG